AAGAAAGAAGAAUGUUUUCGUCGAUAUCCAUAACAAUGUCUAAUUCAUCCCUUGUUUAGGAUAUAAAAAAAACCUGCUGAAGCUAUAUAAAGUCGCUACUGCGCAUGCUUAGGGAUCCAUCGGGUACACACAACACACACACACAUGCGAACUUCUACCACGCACGUCACACCAACCUCACUGAAACCUCUCAAACUCUAUUGGAGCAUGCGGAUAAACUUGACACGGUGUGUAAUAUUUAUUCGUUGGGCAUAAUGGGCUAUUUGUGAAUAUCUUGACGAAAAAUUUGUCGAUGUUGUUAAGCUGCUUGUUUUUUGCUCCAGGGAAGGUAUAAUAGCCACUACUUAUUGAUGUCCGUUGGCAGUUGUUCCAAUCACUGGUUUUCCCCGUCUGUCCGAAGUGUGUGGCAUCCAAGAAUGACUUGUUCGUCUUCAGAGAUGAUAUUUUAGGAGUGAAUUUCUAGAUUCUUCCACACUUUUAGUUGAUCAAGCUUCUUCGGUCACCUGUAAUAUACUGAAAACAGUCGACUCAAGUGUUUUAUAUUUGUGUGGCGAUCGUGAAUCUAUUCUACUCUUUUGGAGAUUCUUAAGUAUCGUCACUGAUUUGUGACAGUUGCUAAAAGGAGGAUUUUGGAAGCAACCUUGUGAAGCCGUAGGACACAUCUUUUUGUCUCCUCUAUUUUCAGAGAUGGAUAAACUCUCCGAAUCGAUGAUUUCUCUGCACAAUCUAGUAGAGGCCGCCCGACCAUCUUCGUUGGUAUUUGGUUCCCCUCAGCUCGCCGCAUUACACAGCAUGACUGAAAAGGCACCGACACUCAGCUACCCCCAUCCGGCCUUCGUCCCCGUUUCCAUGCAGAACGGUACAUUCAAACCGAUGGCCAUUCCCGCCAGCAUAGCCGCAUCGUACUCGGCAGGACCGGGCGCCACCCCACACGGCAUCAAUGAUAUUUUAUCCCGACCAGACGGGCAGCAGGCUGCUGCCGCAGCGACGGCUGCACUCGCUAACCACGGACUUCUCAACAGAUUCGCCGGCUACGCUGGCCCGGCGGGGCUGUACUUCCAUCGUAUGGGAAAGCCGCUCGCUGAUUUUGGAUCGGCAGGUCAGGCGGCAGCAGCGGCAGCGGCGGCUCUCUACUGGCCCGCAAAUCUACUCCAUUCACCCGUCUGGAGAGACAGUCAUUUGACAUGCCCGCCAGUGUCAUCUUCGUCUCAGAGUUCCCAUUGUUCAAGAGAUACAUCUACGGACAAGGACGGCAAGAAGAAGCACACACGCCCAACCUUCUCGGGCCAACAAAUCUUCGCUCUGGAGAAGACAUUCGAACAGACCAAAUACCUGGCCGGGCCUGAAAGAGCACGUCUGGCAUACGCGCUCGGCAUGUCGGAAAGCCAAGUCAAGGUCUGGUUCCAGAACAGACGCACGAAAUGGCGUAAGAAACAUGCCGCGGAGAUGUCGGCCGCCAAACGCAAGCACGACUCAAACCACCACACGCCAUCAACGACCACCGACCACUACGCCCUCGCCCACCACUCUCUCCUCGCCGCCGGGGCAGCAUCGGCGGCCGUCGCCGCAUUGGAACGCGCUGGCGACCACCACCAUCCGUGCGAUCUGGAAGGUGACACGUCGAGAAGUGAACGCUCCUUUGACGGUAGUCGAGAUGGUUUAGACGACGACGAUGAUGAUUUGGAGAUUGACGAGGUCGUCGAAGCAGACAUUGACGAUGACGAUGAGAUAAACAGCAAGAGACGGAAAUUAGACAUUCAAAGCAUAGACUCUAUCAUGCGUUGAGUUGAAGUAUAUCACCGACGUGUAAAGACAUUUGUUUCAAUCUUAUUUCAGCCGAGACAGCCGAGAAAGCCCAGAUUAUGCUUGUCUAUGUGUAAGAGUCUAAAGAGCGAAGGUUUUGGACCUAUUCCCAAAGGUUCAUUUCCAGAAGUUUCAUAAUACAGAAAUACAAGUUUUACACAAAAGAAUUAAUAAUUCUGAAAUUGAAAUAGGCUAAUUUAUUUUGAAAGUGUGUAAUUCCGAAAACGGAAUUUAAUAAUUUAAUAUUUUUUUAGGAAUUGUUAAGUUUUAGAAUUGUGGACCCUUUUUUAUUUUGGCAAAUAUGAUCUUUUUUAAUUCUUGAUUUUCAGAAUUCUAAACUUUCAGAAUUAGAUAACUUCGGAAUAACGACCCAUCGGUAAUACGACAUGUAAUCUAAUAGCAUAUACUUGCUCAAUGUCAUUGAAGCCGCAGAUAUGGAAUCAAGGUUAUAUAUUCAGGAAACAACGUACCCUUCUCCCCCAACUUCUCAUGUUAUUCGUUAUCUCGAUCCUACCUAGUAUAUAGUGCAAGAGAACAUAACAUUAGAUAGCUUUUACAGAAACAGAGUUAUGAUUGGUCCACAGUCAGUCACGUGAUAUCAAUCGCGAGGAUCGUAAUUAGCAUAUUUAAAUCCCGGUUACUGACGCGGUAGGGCGGACGGCUAGAGAGAAGAUAAAAAAAAAAGUCAUGAGAUCGGAAUAACCCUUAAUUUCAUACAAGGCUAUCUUAUAUAAUAGAUAUUGACUUUUGAGCGGUAAAGACAAUGUAAGGUCAAUAUUAGUGCGAACUUUUUGUGUUUCUUGUUGUGGUAGAAAUUCUGACUGCUUGUAAACGUUUUGUGUUCUUAUCCGUUUCUUCUUUAAAAUGUUGUCAAGAAAAUCAUAUGCGUAUUAAAAAAACAUGACAAUUUUUUAGGUGAGAAAUAACAAUGUUUCUAUACGUCUUUUACUGGGAAUAGAACUUCUUAGAUCUAGCUCAGGUUUUCUUUCAUUGACUGCAAGAACGUGUAUUUGAAAGUCUGAAAAUCGUGCCACCAGUUCCUGUAAUCCGUUGAGGCUUAUUUCUUUCUUUUUUAAUUCAUGUCUUGUUGCUUACUGGAUCUUUUCAUUUGGAACGUUCUUCCGCGGCGCUUUUUUUUAUAAUGACGGAAAUUGUGAUACGCUUUACAUAUUUGUAUCUUUUAACUCAAAAGUCAGUGAAAACGCGUCGAACCCUUGUUGCGGUCAGUCAUUCAUUUACACGUUUUGAAGAAAAAAAACCGCUGCGGUUGACCGCGUCAUAUCUACAUACUCUCAUACUUUGGUUCCAUUUUCACGACUGUUAAGUUGCAUUCUGUUCAUUUCCUCUCUAUUUUGUGACGUAAAUAUUUCCUGUUGUCUGUCUGAAGUACCAUAUCGUGACAGAUACGUAAACGUGAAGCAAUUAAACUGUUUGCCGGAUGCUUGCCACUGAGUAAAUCUCUCUCCAUUUCUGUUAGUAGAUGAUUUCUUCGAAAAAUGGUAAAAACUUGUUUAUUUGUGAUAAAUUUUGUAUGACAUUCCAUUCAUAGGACUGUGUGGAUCUAUUGAUAUCUGUCGUGUAGUGAACGCAUCUAUACCAAAGAAGAAGAGGCAUAACUUUUUCGGUGAUUUUUUUAAAAUAAAAAAUAUAUAUUACGAACUUUCGCUUACUGAAUGGUCACACAGAAACAAAUGUAUGGUAUUAAUAACCUAAAGCUGAUGAAAAAGAUGAGUUAGUAAUAUACAUGUAGUUAUAAUAGUUUGCCUAGUAAUAGCAAGAUCCAAUGCUUGUUUAACUAUCAAGCAUUUAUAGUCUUCAAUAUGAAAUGUGCAUGUUCAAUAUGGCCAUGGUGUUUGACGAAAUUUGGAAUAUUGAAAAUUCUGUAUUUUCUGAAACUUUGCGUUUUUGGUGGUAUUAUGUGGGUAUCAGUAUCAAUUUUCAAUAAUAUCAUUGUAUUUUCAGUUAUCUAAAUAUUUCAUUUAAUUAUUAGGCGGAAGCGAACCGGAUAUUCCCAUGAACAUAUAUAUACGACACUUGUAUAUGUUCUUGAUUCAUAUAACAUCUUCAGGUAAUGAGACGAUUGCAAUAUUCAGAAUAUUAUUAAAAGGUUCAUGGGAUUUUAAAAAUAAAUAUACCAUUAACCAUACACUUGAUAUAUGUGUAUAAGUACAGGUUUUUGGUAGUUAUCUCAAACUUAUUUUUGAAAUAAAUACAUUUAAAAUCAGGUUUUUGGUAGUUAUCUCAAACUUAUUUUUGAAAUAAAUACAUUUAAAAUCAUUUGAAAAUACUAAACGCUCAAUAUCAUAUAAUAAAGAUAUACAUGUAUUCUCAUGUGUGUUUUGUCGGGAUUUUGAAGAUAUAACGGGAAUUAUGUCAAGUAGUGCGAAUUUUGCUUUGGUUUGGAAUGAGAAUUAAAAAAAGCAACAAUAAAAAUGCGUAUGGAAUUUUAAAGAUGUAAAUAAGCAGAGUAGGUGUGAACGUAUAAGCAGUAUGCCAUUGGUAUUAUAAUGCCACCCUGCCUAAAUGUAAAUAGAGUAUAGAAGUAGCAAAUGUGUAUUUUGUAAAUAUGGUGUAAAUUUUUAUUGUAAAAUUUAUAUCGGUUGGAAUUGUUCAAUAUUAAGUAGAGCAUAAUAACCACAUUUUGAAAUGGA